CGAGAAAGAAGGAAAGUAUCUAUUACCCUCUGUUGUUAGCCUCUCCCUCUCCCUCUCCCUCUCCCUCUCCCUCUCCCUUCAAACAUGCUGACAGUCAGCGUGAAGUGGCAAAAGAAGGUUCUCGAAGGUAUCGAGAUUGACACUAGUCAGCCUCCUUAUGUCUUCAAGGCUCAAUUGUAUGAUUUGACCGGAGUCCCUACAGAGCGACAAAAGAUCAUGGUCAAAGGUGGACUGCUAAAGGAUGAUGCAGAUUGGUCAACCAUAGGAGUAAAAAAUGGCCAAAAACUGAUGAUGAUGGGAACUGCAGAUGAAAUAGUGAAGGCUCCAGAGAAGGGCCCUGUUUUUGCGGAGGAUCUUCCUGAGGAAGAGCAAGUGACUAAUUUGGGUUACAGUGCUGGUCUAUUCAACCUUGGGAAUACCUGUUACAUGAACUCCACAAUACAGUGCUUAAAAUCUGUCCCAGAAUUGAAACAUGCUUUAUCCAAAUAUUCACUUGCUGGACGAAGCAGUGAUCUGGAUCAGACUGCUCACAUGCUCACAGUUGCUACACGUGAUCUAUUCAGUGAGCUUGAUAAAAGUGUCAAGGCCGUUGCACCUAUGCAAUUCUGGACAGUGUUACGUAAGAAAUACCCUCAGUUUGCCCAGUUACAUAACGGAAUCCACAUGCAGCAGGAUGCUGAAGAAUGUUGGACACAGCUGCUGUACACUCUUUCUCAGUCACUUAAAGCACCAAGUUCUAGUGAAGAUCCUGAUACUGUGAAGGGUCUUUUUGGUGUCAAUCUUCUGAGCAGGUUGCAUUGUCAAGAAAGUGGUGAAGAAAGCUCAGAGAUAGAAUCUGUCGACUCUCUUAAAUGCCAUAUAUCACAAGAGGUGAAUCAUUUGCAUGAAGGAUUAAAACACGGACUGAGAGGAGAACUUGAGAAAACAUCCCCUUCUCUGGGUCGUACUGCCCUUUUCAUUAAGGAAUCUCGUAUAGAUUCCUUGCCGAGGUACUUGACUGUUCAGUUUGUGCGUUUCUUCUGGAAAAGGGAAACCAAUCAGAAAGCAAAGAUUCUCCGGAAAGUGGACUAUCCUUUGGAGCUGGAUGUUUAUGAUCUCUGCUCUGAUGAUCUCCGGAAGAAACUGGAAGCUCCGCGCCAGAAACUUAGGGAUGAAGAAGGUAGAAAGCUUGGUCUGCAGACCAGUGCAAAGGAUAACGAUGUGAAAAUGACUGAUGCGGAGGGAUCAUCAAAUAAUGGAAGUGGAGAAUCAUCCACAGCUAAUCAAAUGGAAAGUGGUGCUACUUUAGAGAAGGAAGCUCAUAUGACGGGAAUAUAUGAUCUGGUCGCGGUGUUAACCCACAAAGGCCGGAGUGCAGACUCGGGCCAUUAUGUUGCUUGGGUCAAGCAAGAUAGUGGCAAGUGGGUUCAAUACGACGACGAUAGCCCCAGCCCUCAACGUGAAGAGGACAUCACCAAGCUCUCCGGUGGAGGUGAUUGGCAUAUGGCAUACAUCAUAAUGUACAAGGCACGCACCAUCUCCAAGUAAUCUUCUCAUCUUUCGUUGUUGUUUACUUCUUGGAAAACCCAGUGAGGUUUGAUGAACUCUUAUAGACUCUUAAAUCAGUUGGAAAAAAAUUCAUUUAUUUCUGACAUUUUCAUUCUUUCUCCUUUUUUUUUUCCAUUUCACUUUUAUAAAGACUUGAAGAAAUCUUGUUAUGUUUCUUUAGACUUUUCUUUCUGGCUUUUGAUUUUUUGGAGGUUCCAACCUUUUCAUUUUA